GAGGAAAAGAAGGAUAGGCUAAUAUAGCCUACAUCAGCACAGCCCCCUGACCAGUUGACUUUACACAAGCCUUGCUUGGGAGCGUAAACUGUAAAAACAAAUCUGAACCCAGAUCAGUAUUCUGGGGUCGGAUCCAUACUACACCAAUCGGGACGCAGGCGAAAGGAAAUCGUGUUCCCGACUAGCCAGCCAGUUCACACGUUACCAAGAUCUACCAGAACACAGACAGAGAAAAUAACGGUGAAGAAAGAAGGGGACCUCAAGGAAAAGGUGUUGGACACGCACAAGGAGUUAGUUAGCUUCAAUCGAAGUCGCAUGUUGACAGAAGAAAGGAUUUUCUUGUCUUGAAAGAGGCACGAUUAAUGCAAUUUCCAACAUUUUGCACAACCCACGGAGAGAUAUUUUAGCUAGCCAGCUACGAGAUAGCGGAAUGUGUAGCUAGCUAGAUAAUUAGCUUACGUUAGCUAGCUGAGCCGACAUCUGCAUUUUGGAUUUGGGGUUUUCUUGCAUUGGCCAAGCAGCUACGCAUUUAAUUUCGAGAGAAGCCGUUUUUCGUGUUGUGUGCUGGAGCCACGCAUGGCCAUGAUGUUCUUUCUUGAUUAGCUUUCCGAACAAUAACAGAACCGUACUGCUUCGCUUUGUAGACUUUUAGCCAAGACGAGAGAUCAACCUCACCUUAUCAGGUAUUUGCUAAUUCAAAGAAUAGUUCAUCAAAUUGUGGAUAUUACACGGGGCGGUAAGGUAAAAAAAGAAGAGAAAAUAGCCAAAUCUGAAAGACUCAAAACGGAGACUUUCUGCCGUCCAAUGUUAAUGUCGACCGACGUCGCAUCUAUAAUGCUACCCGUUAAUCGGGGAAUAAUGGACCUGGAAAGGGACAUUGAUACAGAAACCGGACCCCUUGCGAACACGACCGGGGGUCCAGCAGCAAUACGUGGAAUGAAACGAGGAGACCCAGAACCCGACGCUCAAACAGCUGCAGUGUUGACCGAAUUAGCUGGGGCGGAGUGCAAACGGCCAAGGAUAGACGGGUCCGUGGCCGUUGGUGACAUUGGACAGGCUCCACAAGACUCAGCGGGGGGUCCGGACAGCCUGGGGGCCCCUCCUCCCUUCACCGCCUUCCCGCCUCCGCCCCCGCCCCAGAACGGCCUGGCGGCGUCCGAGUUUGGCGGAGCGAUCUUCUCCGCGGGGGGCCAGGGGCCGGUGGAGGAGGGCUCAGGGCCCAACGGCGCCACGCCCACACCCGUCCACGUCAUCACGCCAGUGAGCAGAGGGCCACCCCAGGGUGAGGUGCUGGCCCAGUGUGGGACGGUGGUGUCCAGCGCUGGGGGAUCUGGUGGCGAGUCCCCCGAGGCCAAGGGCUCCCCCAAGCGCCUCCACGUCUCCAACAUCCCCUUCCGCUUCCGAGACCCCGACCUGCGCCAGAUGUUUGGGCAAUUUGGCAAGAUUCUCGAUGUGGAGAUCAUUUUCAAUGAGAGGGGUUCUAAGGGCUUUGGCUUUGUGACGUUUGAGACGAGUGCGGACGCAGAGAAGGCCAGGGAGAGGCUGCAUGGUACUCUGGUGGAGGGACGCAAGAUCGAGGUGAACAAUGCUACAGCCAGGGUGAUGACCAAUAAGAAGAUGGUCAGUCCUUAUCCCAACGGAGAAGCCCUCAGCACCCUGCCAUACGCCGGGUGGAAGUUGAGUCCCAUGAUGGGGGCCAUGUACGGACCAGAGAUCUAUGCAGUCCCAGGGUUCCCCUACCCCUCGGCGGCGGCUGCGGCCUCCAGCGCGGCGGCAGCAGCGUUCAGGGGGGCCCACCUCCGAGGGCGAGGCCGGCCCGUCUACAGCACCGUCAGGGCAGCCGUCCCCCAGGCCGCUCUCCCCGCGUACCCCGGCGUGGUGUACCAGGACGGCGGCUUCUACAAUGCUGCCGACUUAUACGGAGGCUACCCAGCCGCCGCCGCCGCGGCUUAUCGCUACGCACAGCCCACCACCGUAACCGGGGCAACGGCCGCCGCCGCAGCAGCCGCCGCCGCCGCCUAUAGCGACAGUUACGGACGCGUGUACACCACAGACCCUUACCACGCCCUGUCGCCCGCCGCCGCCGCCUACGGAGUGGGAGCCAUGGCUAGUUUAUACCGGGCUGGAUAUAGCAGGUUUGCUCCGUACUAGCAGACACCCUCCCUCCUUGGACCCUCCCACCCUCCCCUACAUCCAGAACUUUUCAGACCCCACCCUCCUUCCCCUACAUCUGCCACUCAUGGUAGGUAGGAACUACAAACCCAACAUGCUUUUUGAAGGAGGAAAACAAAAAAGGUAAUCCAAUUAGGAAUCUGAAAACAACAGCACAACUCACCUCCCCAAAGGGUGAUUACACUGCCCAAGCCUCAGAGAACCUGGCAACCGAUCCAAAGGCCAGCCCAAUGGAUACGCACGCACACUAACCAGUUACACUACCGGGCUACGAUGGGUCUGGGAAACAGCUGCUCUGUGUCUCCCUCUCUCAGUGUAUUAUACUCAGCUACACUCGGUCUCCUAAGCAACCUGGAACACGGCCCCCGCUUACCUCAGAGGCUAACACACACACACACAAGACAACGACUGCCCAGUUCCACUGACAUUUCUCCUACACAGCUACGUGUGUCAAGUGUGCACAGUAGACAUGUCGGGCUGUCUCUCUCUUCUGGUACUUCAUAUUUGAUACACUACUUCAUGAACGAAACAGCUGCCAUUUUGAGCUAUCGGUGAUAUGAUGGACGGAGGGGAAAACGGACGGAAGUUACCGGAAGGUUGGAUGGAUUGAUGGCUGGAGAGACGGAAGGAUGGAGGAGGAUGAGGAGAUGGACGAUUGAUGUCAUCCGUACGAGGCGAGAAGACUGGUUGUGUUUACGGUCUGUCAUCACGACUUAAAACACUAAGGUCAAAACAGUCUUUUAAACUAGGUCUGAAACAGGCCACACGGUUAAUACUUUGCAAUCAAGCCCGACUGUACACAAGAAAACAGCAGGACAAUGACAGCAGGAAAUGGAAACACAAUACUUGUUUUUAUGCAUUACCUCAGUUUUUUUUUUUUUUGGACUGUCAUUGAAAAAAAAGAGAAAAAAAAAUGGUUAGAAUGUUUUAUUGCGAUAUAAAAGGAGGAUGCAGAGAGAUGACGUCCACUAAUAUUGAUACUAUUAUUAUUACUAUCAGCCUGGUUUCCCAGGGAACGAUGCGCAACUCCUAUUGCUGGACUUUACAUUUAGUCAUUUAGCAGACGCUCUUAUCCAGACUUUAACAUUUAUACCUGUUCUUAUAACAGCCGUUGAAGUGAUUAAAACACACAUGCACCUACACACUCUACCACAACUCUACACAAACUGAUGAGCCGCUUCAAAACUCAUGCUGCCCAUGACAAUGACCGGACUGGGCCGGGUAGUCAUGACAACUAUCCCCCCCCCCCCAAAAAAAAAUAUAUAUAUAUUUACAACCUCCCAGAACCACGUGUAUCUUGAUAGGAGCACUUCUCAGGGUUUGAAACAUCAACCCGGAUCUUUAGAUUAGAAGAAACAAACACAUUUCUAUCACACAUGAAAACCAACCACCGCCUUUUGCAUCUUUUUGGUCUCACGUUUGAUAUUUUACUUUGAAGAUGUGUCCAACAUGGCUCUGCAUAGCCUCCAGAAUACACACAGCUUGAACUCUUGCUGACAAGACUGUGUUUCCUUUCCAUCUCUCCACUCAAACUGCCAGUCACUGGUAUUUGAGUCCUUUCCUCUGCGCUUUGUCAAGGGCCUGGAAGUGAAAGACAAUGUAUGAAAAAGCAGUCCUACCAUGUUCUAUAUCUCCAUAUACUCUGAAUUAUGUUAAUUAUUGCUAUUGUUUGUCUUUUGGUUCCAAAGAUUCUCUUAAAGCACAUUUUGUUUUUUUGGGGGGGGGCACACUUGUAUUACACAUUUUUAUCAUACUUUUUCAGAUUUGUUGUUCUUGCUGUCAUUUGAACUCUCUUUCUUAAUUUCUUGUAUUGCGGGAUCUGAAAAGCUGAUUAUGUGAUUAUGUCAGUUGAACAUGAACAGGACGCAAGCACACUUGCCCUAUAAAAGGUGGUGGUUUGGGGGGGGGGGGUUGUGGGGUCCUGGAAGGGAACUGAGAACGACAGUCAAAGGGAACAUUUUGGUGGGAAUAGAACAACAGGCUGAAUCUGACACUUAAGUACGUGCAUCGAAAAAAAAUAACGAAAAUGACAAAAUGUACGAAAACAAAGUGUCUAAUGAAAAUGAGUGAACAAGGGAAUGAGAAGGAGGGCAGGGAAGAACCACAUUCUGGCCCCGUUAUUUUUAGUCGAAUAGGAGCGAAGUGUUUUAUGGAGUGAUAUUGCCCACCCGGAGACGGAGGAGGGGCAAGUGGAGAGCAGAGACUUGCCUGACUUCACCCGACAUGUUUAGUAGGACCGCGUUGGGUGUUUUACUUCAGAAGACGGAAGGCUGGGUGGUCGAGGGGCUGCCGUUAGCAUCCAGUAUUUACGGGGAGGAAAAUCACGAUGAAUAUGGACGCUGAUACACUUUCAUUUGUCCCUAAGAGUAUUAUGAGCCGAAGUAAUCAGUAUGCAUGUUUGUUUGUGUAGAGGACAGGUCUUGGAGAAGGCUUUUUUUAUGUUAAAGUGCAUGAAACAAAAUCAUUUUGCUGGAGAAGGAAGAGGUUAUGUGACUGAACAUUGCUGCGGGGUGCAAAGGGGAUAAUAAUGAGCUAAUAAAUAAUUAUGAUAAUAAUAAGGGUCCACUUGGUAGGUUGCAACAAAGUCUUGACUUCCUAGCUGCGGUGCCUGUCCGGUCCUCUGUUGUCAAGGCAACCGCUGGCGAUCAUAUCUAGCUCUAAGUAACACUUUAGUUCAGGAUGUUAAACCCCAGUAGUACCCCUCUAGUUGGAGGCCAGGGAAUCAAAAAAUGAUUGCCCAAUUAGAGCAGCCUAAGCUCCACCAUGUGAUCGGUCGGACCGUCGGAUUGGUCCAGAGCGGGAAAAUCCACCGUUGUUCCCCACAGGCUGCGCUGUAGCACAAAACGACGUCCCCAUGGCAACGCAGAGGGCCACCGUUCUUGGCCUGGUGUCCCUGCCUACAGAAUGGAAGGUUUCAAUCCGCCCUGAGACUUUUACCCAGGGGCAGUCUGAGAGGUGGCAUCGAGGACCUGACCCUGGGGCCUCCAGCCGUCCCAUCCCCAGUCAACCUAGAAGGAGAGUUGUGUUUUUGUACAAGGACCUUUUAUGUGUGUGGGGGGGGGGGGGGGGGUGGUUCUGCAUGUGGAUGUGAUGACCUCACAAGUCUCAUCACACCAAACUCAUGUAUACUCGUGAUAAUCUUUUUUUCCAUGUUUUUUUGUUGUUUUUUUCCUCGAUAUAAAAGUGAUUUGUGUAUUGCUCAACAUUAUUUUCUUUUUUUAAACUUUUUUUUUUGUUGUGUUUUGGCCAUCCUUCUGUCUGCCUUGCGUUUGCCUGUCUUUGUUAUUAUUGAAUGUACAUAAUAAACUGUUUGGUUUUUA